AGUGAGGAGGUGGAGCAGAAAAUCGCUGGCCAGGUGGGGCGGCUGCAGGCUGAACUGGAGCGCAAGGCUGCGGAGCUGGAGACAGCUCGGCAGGAGAGCGCGCAGCUGGGGCGCGAGAAGGAGGAGCUAGAGGAACGCGCAUCUGAGCUCUCACGCCAGGUGGACGUGAGCGUGGAGCUGCUGGCCUCGCUCAAGCAGGACCUGGUGCACAAGGAGCAGGAGCUGAGCCGCAAGCAGCAGGAGGUGGUGCAGAUCGACCAGUUCCUGAAGGAAACAGCGGCGCGAGAGGCAAGUGCCAAGCUGCGACUGCAGCAGUUCAUCGAGGAGCUCCUGGAACGUGCUGACCGUGCUGAGCGCCAGCUACAGGUCAUCAGCAGCAGCUGUGGCAGCACACCCAGCGCCAGCCUGGGGCGUGGAGGUGGGGGCAGUGGUGCAGGGCCUGGGGCCCGGGGCCCAGGCAGAAUGCGAGAACAUCACGCAGGCCCAGCCAUGCCGAGCACAUAUGCAGUGUCACGGCAUGGCUCCUCUCCCAGCACAGGGGCUUCCAGCCGUGUGCCAGCUGCAUCACAGAGCUCAGGCUGCUAUGACAGUGACAGUCUGGAGCUGCCCCAGCAAGAGGAGGGGGCCCCUGAGGACAGUGGCCCUGGGGCUUUGGGCUCACGGGCCCAGGCUACCAAUGGUGGCUCAGAGCGGUCCCAGCCCCCUCGCAGCUCAGGCCUACGACGCCAGGCCAUCCAGAAUUGGCAGCGCAGACCCCGCCGACACAGUACUGAGGGUGAAGAGGGGGAUGUCUCAGAUGUGGGCUCCCGAACCACUGAGUCAGAGGCCGAGGGCCCUUCGGAUGUCCCUCGUUCUGGGCCUGCUGUGGCUGGGCCACUGAGCAGCUGCAGGCUCUCAGCCCGCCCUGAGGGAGGCAGUGGGCGAGGCAGGCGAGCAGAGAGGGGUAGCCCUUCACGCUCCAAUGAGGUCAUCAGCCCAGAGAUUCUCAAGAUGCGAGCUGCCCUGUUCUGCAUCUUCACCUACCUGGACACACGGACACUGCUGCAUGCUGCUGAGGUCUGCCGGGACUGGCGCUUUGUGGCCCGCCACCCAGCAGUCUGGACAAGGGUGCUGCUCGAGAAUGCCCGAGUCUGUUCCAAGUUCCUGGCAAUGCUGGCUCAGUGGUGCACCCAGGCCCACUCACUGACACUGCAGAACCUUAAGCCCCGACAGCGGGGGAAGAAGGAGAGCAAGGAGGAGUAUGCCCGCAGUACCCGAGGAUGCCUUGAAGCAGGGCUGGAGUCCUUGCUAAAGGCAGCAGGGGGGAACCUGCUGAUCCUGCGCAUCUCCCACUGUCCCAACAUCCUCACCGACCGUUCACUCUGGCUGGCCAGCUGCUACUGCCGUGCCUUGCAGGCCGUUACCUACAGGAGUGCCACAGACCCCGUGGGCCAUGAGGUCAUUUGGGCCCUGGGCGCAGGCUGCAGAGAGAUUGUCUCCCUCCAGGUGGCACCACUUCACCCCUGCCAGCAGCCAACCCGGUUCAGUAACCGCUGCCUGCAGAUGAUUGGUCGCUGUUGGCCCCACCUCCGGGCCCUGGGGGUUGGGGGCGCCGGCUGUGGGGUGCAGGGCCUGGCAUCACUUGCAAGGAACUGCAUGCGGCUGCAGGUCUUGGAGCUGGACCACGUGUCAGAGAUCACCCAGGAGGUGGCAGCUGAGGUCUGCCGAGAAGGCCUGAAGGGACUGGAGAUGCUGGUGCUCACAGCCACCCCUGUCACCCCUAAGGCCCUGCUGCAUUUCAACAGCAUUUGCAGGAACCUCAAGUCUAUUGUGGUCCAGAUUGGAAUUGCUGAUUAUUUCAAGGAGCCCAGCAGCCCUGAGGCCCAGAAGCUGUUUGAGGAUAUGGUGACAAAACUCCAGGCCCUGCGUCGGAGGCCCGGCUUCUCUAAGAUCCUGCACAUCAAGGUGGAAGGCAGCUGCUAACCCGGGUUGGGGGCGGCAGGGCCCCUGCCAGCCCCAUACCAUGGCGCUCUUUGGACUCCAGAGGGACCCUGGUUUGGACUAGACCUUUAGUGGCCUAGUGUUACUCCAGCUUUCAGGGAAGGGUUGAGUAUCCUGUCCUUCUGGAACAGUGGAGCUACAGGCCUGACCGAGGGCACUGCCUCCCAGGGGCAAGAGCUUGGACAGAAGCUGCCUUCCAGCCCCAACCCCAUUCCCAGCUGGAGCAGGCUUCUGCCACAGAGGAGCUGUCACCACCAGCACUUGGUGUCAUCGCCUGGAGGAUCUGCAAUAACAACCCAGAGGCUCCUCAGCUGCUUGGGCAGGCCUUGUCCUCCUGAGACCCUGCCCUGUGGUCAAGGGCUUCUGCCAGGCCCCAGUCCAGAGGGGCUCCAUGAGGCAGCUCAGACUUGGCAAGGAGGGCUCUCUUCCACCUAACUGUCCCAGUUUGCUGUGGAUCUCCCUUCAGACAGCUCACGUAGGCUGUGGGUCCACAUUCUCCAGGGUUACCAAGCAGGCCUAAGGCACUGUGGUCAGCUAAAGCCUGGGGUGGGUUUACAAGUGGGGUGGGCUUGGGUGGGGGAAAAAGUCACCCAGAAUUUCUCCCCAGAAUGAGAUCACACCUCUCAAAGGGUGAGGGCAACUGCCAGUGGGAGAAACUUACUGCUAUAGACAAGACUGUUCCAAGUACCACAUACCCCACCAUACACCAGAGCUAAAUUCAGAGCUAAGAGGUGCAUGUUUCUAUACUUAUCAUUCAUUCCUAAGGGAUCUAAGGGAGGGUUAGGUCCCAGCCCUGGGAGGCCCUGUCUGCAAAGAGAAGGCAUUUCCUUCUUAAUCCAGGUGCUUGGGCAGGAAUUCAUGGCCUUUGGGUCCCCAAGGCUGCCUAGGAGGGUUACUGUGUUGCCCACUCAGCUGGGGCCUAGAAGGUGGCUUGUUUGGCUUGUCUAGUUAGCUUGCUGAAGAUAUGGUUGUGGUCAAGGAAAAGCAUCCUCAAUGGACCUGCCCCUUCGUCAUCUCCACCAGCCAAGGGUUGAGGCUGCAGUGGAGACUUUACCUCGGGGCUUAGAAGCCACAGAAUGCCAAUGGGGCUUUUCUUUGGUCCCUUUGCACAGUGCCCAAAAGACAAGGCUCUGGCACCAAGGCUCCAAAGACUGAGUUCUCAGAACUCCCACAGUGGCUUAGAGGCUGAGGGUCCUGCCAACCUUCGUUUGGACAGUUACACCAAACAUCAAAACUAAAUCCAUCUUAGGGUUCAUUUCCCUUGCUCCUGUACAAGAUCAGGUCCCAGCCCUAGCCACAGGCUGCUGGUCCUGGCAGGAGUUGGGAUCCUCUCCUUUCCCAGUCUUCUCCAGGGACCCAAGUCUGCCACAACCUGGCUUGCACAUCAAAACCCAGCUCUGGGUUACCUUGUAACAAGUCCUCCAGUGCUAUGCCUUCUGGAGCUCAGCAGUGCCCCUAGCACUUUUCAUCAUUGCUCUACUUCCUGUGGCUUGUUUUGUCCCUGACCUUUGAAGACCUGAAAUGCCAAGGGUGUCCUGUUGGCAACUUCCAGUCUUACAUGAAGCCUUGGCUGUGUGGCACCCCUGCCCUGCUAAGGCUGCCUCCAUCAGUUCCCACCUCCCCACCCCCCAGUGAUCACAGGAAAGAACAGCACAACUUUCCUCUCCUCCAGUGCCCUGAAAGGAAGGUGGAGAUCCACUCAGCACCUGGGUGUGUCUGUCCUGUCUCCUAUGGCCCCUGCUCCCUCUGAUCCCAGGACUAGAGGUGUUGCCCUCCCUGUUUCCUGGACAAAGCACAAAGGAAUGUCCUGUUUGGCCUAAGCCUACCCAACUAUGGGAAUCUGGUUGCCUGAAUACAAGACUGGGCAGUUCCUCCCUGGGGUUUUACUCACUGGAAUACCUGGUAUCAGUGUUGGGAAAGGAGGAGAGAAGUCACAGGCACUGAACAGGAGUGGGGAGAUGUGGUGCUAAAAGGACUGAUGCUAGCCUCUUUACUCAUUCAUUCAGAGCACUAGAGGUAAAAGGGAGACAGACCCCUCUUCUGCCAGGUGCAACUGUGCCUCCCAUAGGUCUCCCUCCUUCCACAAAACCCACCGAGUUCUCCCUUUACCUUCUGGAGAUGAGCGAAGGCUAUGUGGGAGUACAUGUUGCCUACACAAAUGCCAGGUCCCAGCUUCUCUUGUACACCCAUCACUAGGCUGGCAGUCUUGUGCACACUGGUCUUCAUGUACACCAUGAGAAAAAGCAGCUUCACUGCACCCACCCUGGCGCUGUUCAUUUGCUCUCUCCCUAGGUGGAGGCACCCUGCUGCUGAGUGGGAGCUUUUGCUUGCUAGGGUGCUCCAUUUACUCACUUCCUUGGCAACCAUAGAGCUAGAGCUCAGGAUGGGGAACUGGGACACAGCCUGGCUUAUUUAUAAGCACCUCUUCCCACCUUUACCCACUCGAAGGGGAGCUCUUCUUCAUAUCAUACCCAGUAGGAUGCAAAAAGGGAGGAAAAAAAAAAAAAAAA